AUGAUAAAAACUUUGGCUCUUCCUAGCAAACCCUCAAGAUUAUUUGGCCCAAAUAUUGAAGGUCUGAAAAGAGGUAAAGGGUACAGAGUGAAGAUGGAACUUUCUAUUGCUCAACCAGAUGAUUGGCAUCUUCAUCUUCGUGAUAAUGAACUCCUUCAAACAGUUGUCUCUCACAGUGCAAAACAAUUUGGGAGGGCUAUAAUCAUGCCAAAUCUGAAACCACCAGUUACAACCACCGCUGCUGCUGUGUCAUAUUACGAUUCUAUCCUCAAGGCACUACCAAACAACACCAACUUCACACCUCUAAUGACUCUCUACUUGACUGAUAAAACAACUCCUCAAGAAAUCAAAUUAGCAAGGGAAAGUGGUGUUGUGUAUGCUGUGAAGUUAUACCCUGCUGGAGCUACUACAAAUUCUCAAGAUGGAGUUACAGAUUUAUUUGGGAAAUGUGUGCCUGCACUUGAGGAAAUGAUUAAUCAGAAUAUCCCCCUUUUGGUCCAUGGAGAAGUAACGGAUCCCAAAGUUGACAUAUUUGAUCGUGAAAGGGUAUUUAUUGAAACUGUUUUAAAACCCUUAAUACAAAAGUUCCCAAAAUUGAAGGUUGUUAUGGAGCAUGUUACUACUAUGGACGCCAUUAAAUUUGUUGAAUCUUGUGAAGAAGGUUCAGUUGCGGCUACAGUUACCCCACAGCAUCUUCUUCUGAAUAGAAAUUCACUUUUUCAAGGAGGAUUGCAGCCACAUAAUUAUUGCCUUCCAGUGCUCAAGAGGGAAACUCACAGACAGGCGAUUGUUUCUGCUGUGACAAGUGGAAAUAAAAGAUUUUUUCUAGGAACAGAUAGUGCACCUCAUGAAAGGCGAACCAAAGAAUCUUCUUGUGGAUGUGCGGGUGUAUUUAAUGCUCCUGUGGCACUUUCUAUUUAUGCUAAGGUCUUCGAAGAGGCGGGUGCACUCGACAAACUAGAGGCGUUCACAAGCUUUAAUGGACCAGACUUUUAUGGGCUUCCUAGAAACACGAGAAAAAUCACUUUGAAAAAGACGCCAUGGAAGGUUCCGGAAUCGUACUCGUAUGCAUCCGGAAGCAUUGUUCCUAUGUCAGCUGGGGAAUCGCUCGAAUGGCUGCCCAUCUUUCCUUAAACGAAACAAAUACAUUUAACAAAUACAAUAGGGUUAUGAAGUCAAAGGAAGAAUAAAUACUCGCCUUCUUUUCAUCAAGAUUGUCUUUUUGGUAUGGUCUCUCUUAUGGUUAAAUUAUUGUCUUCCUUUUGGAAUUUCAUUUCCGUAUCUAGGAAUUGAUUGUGAUUUUGAUUUUAGAGUUGUCAAAGUUAUAAAUUUAUGUUAAAAGUUUUAAACAUGUUAACUUUCUUUCACAUGUAUCAUAUUUCGAUCGAUGGUUAAAAUUAAAU